GACAGACGAUGGAUUCGAGGGCCCCUGAUGGACUGCGACAACAGCUGAUGGAAUUGCAGUCCCGAGCGGCAUCGAUUGUGACCGACGCAAGAGCUCUUCAGGGCCGAUGUGAUGGGGCGAGUUGUGCCUUGAUGAAACGAAAGAGGGAUGAGGCGGCUGAUUCCCACUCUGUGCUCGACUCGGUAAGCAACAACAGAGUCAUGCCAUUGACCGAGGACCUGUGCGUUGCUUUGUGUGCGUGUGUGUCUUUCUUCUCAGCUUCGUGGUGAGUUUUAUGACCUGCAGGGGCACAGACAAGCUGCCCUGGACGAGCUGGCACGACUGAAAGAAGAGCGCGAUAGGCUUGUCGGCGAAAAGUACCACACACAGGCCGACUUUCGAAGGACGCACGAGCAGGCCGCAAGAGAGGUAUCGACACACCGUCCAUGUGUCUCUGUGUUUGGUGAAUCUAUUGUAUCUCCUUCUGCCGAUUCUGUGUCCGUCCCCUUUGCUGUCUCGUCCUUUCUGUGGGCCGGCAGAAGUCGGAGCAGCAGAGAUUAGUGAUCGAGCUGAGGGCCGAGAUUGAGCAGCUCCGCCUUGAGAAGGACAGCCUUGUCAACUUGCUUGUCAGCCAAAAGCACACCCUGGCAAAGAUGGAGGAGAGAAAGGACAAUCUAGCCACCCUCGUGGAGACCCUCAGCACACAAGUGGAGGUUUUCGACCCCAAGGCUGUCGUCCACGACCCAAGCAACCCCUGGGAGAUACAGCCUUCACGGCUCAAGCAGCUUGCCGCCCCUUCACCCGACGCCUCUAUGGAAGAAGACCUUCUUUCUGUGUCCAAAGGCGACGCGGCAGCGUCGGCUUUGUCAAAUUUAUGGGCGUGGACUGUCACGGCGCCCCCCACCCUGCCCUCCUUUCUCACUGGCAUCAAACACGGGCCGACGAGGCGCGGCGGUUCGCUGGAGCAAGUCGGAGAGGAGCUCGAGACACCUGAAAUGCCGAAGGCAGUCAUCAGACGGUGCUCGACGAUCGACUGCUCCCCGACAGAGAAGAGUAAGAGAGAUGUCGAUAAGGAGACUAAGGAGACCGACUCUUUUCCGACGAUAGAAGAGGCGGCCACGCCCGAUACACACAGACCGUCGACCUCUCCCAGCACGUCUCCCGGCGAACCAACGAAGGGCAAGAAAAAGAAGGGAUUCGCGAGUUUCUUUGGGAGUUUGGGGAAGACCCUGGGCAAAGCGGGGCUGACGUCGGGGGGGGAUAGGGCUGAAGACAGCAGUCAACGGCUCAGCCCUCUUGCUGCCUCAGCAAGUCCGAGUUCCGCUCUUGAGGACACCGCAUCAAGUGGGAGGAGGUCUGAAGGGGCGGAGGGCCAGGCUAGUGGGCGGUCGAUCAGUCCAUUCGGUGGGCUGUUUCCAUCACCGAAGGGAAAACGCAGUCACUGACUGACUGACGGGAAGAGAAGAUGUCAGAUGAAGGGCUGUACGCUUCUGUUUGUGUACGCAGCUACAAAGUGUGAUCGAUCAUAAAUUUUUGAUGUGUGCACGUGUGAAGCUGUCGUGUAUUCAUUGAGAUUCUCCAUAGCCGCGUCUACGUGGCUCCUCAUUCAAUAAUCGAGUCCCUUCUCAUACUCAUGAGUGCGCGAACA